AUGCUUUUUGUUAUCAGGCGAGGUCGAAAAGCCGCAUCCACGAAGAACAAGGAGGUGGUUCAAGAAAGUGUAGUUGAAGAACCCCAACAAGAAACUGACGCUCCUCCAGAAGUGGAAGUCGUUGAAGAGCAGACACUCAACGAUGACCUUUCUAAGGCUGCUGAUGAGGAAUCAUCAGGUGCACAGUCAGCUAACGUCAAACUAGCUGGUACACCAAUGGCAUCAUCAGAUAGUGGCGUGGAAUCGUCGGCUGAGGUUGAUGUGGAAAUGAAAGAGAGCGGUUGUGUGGUGGAUGGAGUGGCAUCACCCAGUGAUAGCAGUAGUGAUGAUAUAAAUGCAAAUGUAAAUACAAAUUCGGAUGUGGAUAUCAUCAUCUGUGGUUCAUGCCAUUCACAGUUCUCACUGAAUCAUUUCAAUGCUUUCAUUGAACACAAGGCGUCCAGAUGUGACAGUAAGCAAACGACCCUUUCGGAUGAAAUUCUCGCGGAUUCUCCGUCGGCUAAUCACAGUGAGGUGUUCCGGCUAACUCGAAGGCGGCAUACACCUGUACCUUUUUAUGGACAAUUUAUGGAAUCGUCCGAUUCACGAUCUCCUCAUUCGUCGUCGGCUAACGCUGAGAUGUUGUUAGCGUUAUCGCAAGGAGGUUGCCGACGAUAUCGAUCUGAUGCUACCACCGAUACCACUGACCUUACUGAAUCGGUUUGUGCUUUCACAAUUCCAUGUGUUUAA